AACCUGAAAUAUCGUUUUUGUGCAGCGCUAAAAUUGAUGUUUAAAAUGGCUUUAAUUUUUAUUUGCUGCUGUUGCAACUUCUGACAUCAUUUCUAUUGGCUUAUCAGCAGUCACAUGACCGCGUCAAACCCGGAAGCGAUUACAACAGCUACGGGAGUUUUGGAUCGUACCUCUUCGGGAUCUUGGAAGUGGAAUGAAAACAAGCAGAAUUGAAACCUGAGAUGCCAUCAAGACGACUUCUUAAGGAAUAAAACACCCACAGUUAAACCAACGUGCCGGGAAACGCUGGUUUCUGGCCCUGAAGUAAAGUGGACUAUGCUCUACCACGGCUACACCUGUGUUUUUCUGUUGGGUUUGUACUCCUGCGGAUAUUUCCCACAUGUGUAUGCCUGCAAACAACAGCCAGAGACUCCAGACUGGAGGAUGACUCUGAAAACCAUUCGUAACGGAAUACACAAGAUUGACACAUACCUGAACGCGGCACUGGACUUGUUUGGUGGCGACGACGGGCUGUGUCAUUAUAGGUGUAGUGAUGGAUACAAGCCGAUACCUCGUCCUGGAUACAAGCACCCACCACCCAAUGGAUGUGGCUCCCCACUGUUUGGAUUCCAGUUUGACAUAGGCAUCCCAUCCAUGACCAAAUGCUGCAACCAGCAUGAUCGCUGCUACGACACCUGUGGCCAAGAGAAGCACGACUGCGAUGAGCAGUUCCAGGACUGUCUCGACACCAUCUGCAGGAACGUGCAAAGAACUCUGGGACUGGCCCAGAGUGUCCAAGCUUGUGAGUCGGCGGUGAAGCUGCUGUUUGACGCUGUUAUGCACUUGGGAUGUAAGCCGUACUUGGACAGUCAGAGAGAGUCCUGUGUGUGUCAGUAUGAAGUGAAGAGAGAACUGUGACUCUGCCACAGACACAAGACUGCAAUAUGAACUGAUCCAAAAGCAACAUUGACACAAGGACGCCAGCAAUAAACUUUUCUUUCAGACUUGUAGAGUUUCUCAGGCAUAGAGUGUCAAUAGUGUCGCUCAGUUUCCUUUAUUGAAGUUUUGAAAUGUUAGACAAGUGAAUGUGAAAUUACAUUUGUUUUUAGAGUGGACAAUUGAUAUCUUUCCUGUGCAGUUAAUUAUUUAUAUUGUGUCAAUACUAUGUAAUGUGUUUGUCCUGUGAUGAACUGGAAACAGGGUGUUUAGGGUUUCCCUGGGUUUUGGAUGCUUGGGUAGGACCCAAUCUACAAUUCUAAGCCAGUGUAACCUGGAGUGCUUUAGUCAGUAUACGGCCGGUCAGCAGAACAUGUUACAAUCUGCAUUCUGUCCUCAGGCAACAAGAAUACAAUUGAACGUAGAUGAAAAGUCACAUUAGAUACAUAAUAUAUCAGUGAUAAAUAAAUAUUUUCCUAGA